CGAAACUCUCUCCGAUGGCCCUGUGAUGCUCUUGCCCAUUUUAUUGCAUUUUUUGCUUCUAAUCACCCAAUUAAAUGGCUCACCAGCAGAAGUACGGCUUAUCAAUGAUCUUAUGUCAGGAUAUGUUCGUGAGGAAAGACCAACACUUGAUAGUUCAAAGCCAGUUGUUGUCAGUUUGGGAGUCUUUUUGCAACAGAUUAUUAACUUGUCCGAAAAAGAGGAACAGCUGGAAGUAAAUGCCUGGCUUAAGUUCCAAUGGAGAGAUGAAAAUUUACGAUGGGAACCGACUGCUUAUGAGAACGUGACAGAUCUAAGACAUCCACCGGAUGCUCUAUGGACUCCCGAUAUCCUUCUUUAUAAUAGUGUCGAUUCGGAGUUUGAUUCGUCGUAUAAAGUAAAUCUGGUUAAUUAUCAUACGGGAAACAUUAAUUGGAUGCCACCAGGAAUAUUCAAAGUAUCGUGUAAAUUGGAUAUUUAUUGGUUUCCAUUUGAUGAACAAGUUUGUUAUUUUAAGUUUGGCUCAUGGACGUAUACUCGUGAUAAGAUUCAACUAGAAAAGGGUGAUUUUGAUUUCUCCGAGUUCAUUCCAAACGGGGAAUGGAUUAUAAUAGAUUAUCGAACAAAUAUUACUGUGAAACAAUAUGAAUGUUGUCCCGAGCAGUAUGAAGAUAUCACUUUUACGCUACAUUUACGACGGAGAACUUUAUACUAUUCCUUCAAUUUAAUUGCUCCAGUUCUUUUAACAAUGAUACUGGUUAUUUUGGGCUUUACUGUUAGCCCUGAAACUUGCGAAAAAGUUGGACUUCAGAUCUCUGUCUCUCUUGCCAUAUGCAUUUUCCUCACAAUAAUGAGUGAACUGACACCUCAAACAUCAGAAGCUGUUCCACUUCUUGGAGUAUUCUUCCACACUUGCAACUUCAUUUCCGUUUUAGCCACUUCUUUCACAGUUUAUGUGCAAAGUUUUCAUUUUCGAAACCAACAUGUACACGAACGGAUGGAUUUCUGGAUGAGGUUCAUUCUCUUGGAGUGGUCACCGUGGCUAUUGCGAAUGAAAAUGCCGGAUAGAGAAAAUAACUUUCAGACACUGACAGAAAGUUGGAAGGGAAGGAAUCGAAGAGAAUCUAUGGCAAGAACAGCGUUCGAAUAUGCAGAUGGACCGGUUACACAGAUACAUUCCAUGGGAAUUAUGUUGAAAGAUAAUUUUGAAGAGCUUAUUUAUCAAGUUAAACAGGAGAAGAUUGCUGAUGAAAAAGGAAUUGAGAGAUUGCGGGUGUUACAGAAGAUUUACGAUCAUGUAAAGAUGAUCCGAGAACAUGACGAUGACAAUGAUGAAGACAGUCGAGUAGCUCUUGAAUGGAGAUUUGCUGCAAUUGUCGUCGAUCGUCUGUGCCUUCUUGCCUUCUCCUUACUCAUCGUCGUCGUCUCCAUCAUCAUUGCUUUACGUGCACCGUAUCUUUUCGCUUAAACCAAAUGCCUUGAGCAAUCAAAUAAAACCAUUUCA